AAUCGAAAUCGCUAAAUCUUUUUUAUUUUAGUUUCCUGGGUAUAUCCAUAAUCGCGGAUAUAUUUAUGUGCGCGAUUGAGAAGAUAACCUCCGCGACUAAGAAGAUCAGGAUCGCUGGACCCGGGGGAGAAGAUGAUGAUAUAAUUGAGGUGCCGAUCUGGAACGGAACUGUGGCUAACCUUACUCUUAUGGCUCUAGGAUCCUCGGCCCCUGAGAUCUUGCUGGCGAUCAUUGGAGUUGUUGGAAACAAUUUCGAGGCGGACAAACUUGGACCUGGAACUAUAGUCGGCUCAGCCGCUUUCAAUCUACUCGCCAUCAGCGCUGUCUGCAUAGUAGGGAUCCCGGACGGAGAAACAAGAAGAAUUAAGAACUUCACCGUGUUCUGCGUCACCGCAGUAUUCUCCAUAUUUGCGUACAUCUGGCUCCUUAUUGUUCUUGUCUAUGUAUCAGAGAACCUGAUCGAGGUCUGGGAGGCCGCCCUUACCUUCCUCUUCUUCCCUAUCCUCGUCCUCGUGGCGUAUGCGGCGGACAAGGGUUGGUUAAACGUCCUGUUCUGCCAGUCCCCGGCAGCUGCUGCAGAUAAACAACGGCAGAUUGAACUCGGCAACUUCAGAUCCGGCCGCGGCAAUAAGUCUCAAGCGGAAGGAAUGCUGGAGUCCCAGGACUACUUCCAGGAUGGUAAAGUGAACAAGACAGCCCUCGUCUCCUUCAUCAGGGAAAUCAAGAAGAACACCAAGCUCAGUGAUGAGGAUGCUGCUGUUAUCGCAGCGUCGAAGGUUGUGGACUCCCAGCCUAAGUCCCGUAUCUGGUAUAGGAUCGGAGCUACCAGGGAUAUGACGGGAGGACGAAGAAUACAACCCGGCUCCAGGAUGAGCACUAAGCUGAGAGAAGGUUUAGGAGGUCUAACCUCUAAACUAUCCGAGGAUGGUGUUCUCAAGGUGUACGAGGCGAUCAAUGAGCAUGAGGAACUCCCCAAUAUCGUUUACCCGGACUCUGACGAAGAGAAGUCUAUUGUAGAAUUUCAUGCAUGUAAGUUUAACCAUUUUCUUUAAUAAGUUUAUAAAUUC